AUGGUGGAGCAGCCUCCCAACAUUUACAAAUGGAUCGAAGAAAAUGCCCAUAUUUGUAAGUUGAGUUACGUUAAUAGUAACAUCAUUUAUCCAGGUACGAGUGUGCCAUCGAAUGGAGAGAAUAUUGUAAACUUUCUGACCCCAGCAGAAGGCCUUAAAUGUUCGUUAUGCCCUGAUCAUAACCCUCGAGAAUCCCCAAGUAGUGCUUGUGCCGUUGAAUUAAGUCCCAACGAGAUCGAUGUAGACAUUGGAUGUCAUCCAAGUAAGCGCAUUAAACGAUUCCAAUCAGCUAUUAAUAUCGUUUAAUGACGAGAUCUUUUAAUGUGCAUAAUUACGCAACCAAUCGCUCAUUUCGUUUUCAGUCCCGGAGCUUUGUUUGAUGGAGCUGAAAACUCGUUACGCUGAUUUCUUCACAUCCAAACCGAAGCCCGCGAAUUCAGCCAAAUCAACAGAAGACAUUUUCAUGACCAAGUCGAAUCCCUUCGAAAAAACCGUCAUAAACCAGUUGGGCAGAAGCAGUAAUGUCAACUUGAAGAUCAAGACGCCACGGAAAGAGAUUUCAAUUCCGAAAUCUAAUGUGUUCGCCCCUCAGGAGACAACAAGAACGACAUCAACUUCGACGACGACUAGGCCAGCUACCGUUACGUCAACAACACCAACAAGCACAAGUACGUUUACCACAACAACCACAGCUACUACAGUUACAACACCCACUACAACAACUUCUCAUAGUACCACAACAACGACUACUACACCGACAAGUACCAUAACUACUACUGCAAGAACGACUACUACUACUCAGCCACCUUUCCACGCUGAUAACAACCUCGGGACAUCAUCAGAGCCUCUAGUAAACACUGCAACAGAUGCUUUUGCUCUUAUGACAGAAGUGGAUGCAGACAGCGGAGGCUUUACUACAAUAAGAGCUAAUAUAUUCAGCUCUCCCAGUGUAAUGCAGCCGGUUAAUUUGACAAUCAACAACACUGAUAUGGCUAUGCAUUCGAGGACAGCGCUGCCUUUGGGCCCCCUGAACAAAGAAGUUUUGCCUGGAGAUUUCAAAUGGGGAGAGAAAUCUCAUAUCGAUAAAAGAGUGGGCCAAUCAAUCUGGGCCAAGCGACCGACGUUGCCUAAUUGGAUCAACAAGAAAAUGAUUACAACGACUCCGACAACAUUAAUUGUUAAUGUUUCGGCUAGUGUGCCGGGAACAACAACGAAAAAAGAGUGCAAAGACGCGCAUUUGGUAAGAGUUAGACCAUUAUUCAUUGUUUCUAUGUGCAAAAUACAUAUAUGAUUAAUAAUUUUAGCUAUGUUGUUUCUGGGCGAUCGCCGGCGAAUGCGAUUCGAAUCCAUUUUGGAUGAGGAUACACUGUUCCAAGACGUGUGGAACAUGCGAUUGCUCACGUAAGUUUGCUUAAAACUAUUCUAAUGCCCGAUGAACACUACACACAGAGCAGAUCGUAUCUUACCGUAAUCUAUUUAGUAAACGAAGCAGACCAAUGCAACAGCACGGGCGUUGUAUGUGAAAUUCCCACUACAACGACUACAACAACCACCACAACAACGGCAACAUCGACAACUCUGACAACAACCCUUCCAACGACGACAACAACAGAAGAAACAACUACGAGGAAUUAUGGGAGGUUUACAGUGAAGCCAAGAUUAAAGUUACCCUCCUGGAAACAACGGCCGUUGCCUCCAGGGCCGCCGAGUUAUAAACCACCCGAGACCGAUGAAUUCAUUGAUAGGGGAGAGCCCGGGAUUCGACCUCCCUUCGAGCCAAAAGAUGGGGUUUUACUGGAUAAAUUCCCGGCUUAUGGGGAGGGCUACGGAGCUAGUGGUCAGGUAAGUCAAAUCUAAUUUUACUCCGAGUUUUCUCAACAUCCAUGAUUCAAUUGUUUCAGAGGUCUACUCUCGAACCUCCUCCUCUCACCACAGAAUUUGUCCCGACUUCCACCACCUCGAUCCCACCAACCCCCUCAACUACUACUUUCUCCACUUGUUUCAAUUACAAUCCCCUUUGUGAAUUUUGGGCGGAUCUCGGAGAAUGUGCCAAGAAUCCCUUCUGGAUGCGGCCCAAUUGUCAGAGAUCCUGUCGAAGUUGUGGGGAGAGCGUUGAGGAUGUGUACGCGCCUCAGGCUAAGCCAGGAUGCUCCAACGAACAUCAGCUUUGUCCAUUUUGGGGAUUUAUUGGGGAAUGUGUGCGGAAUCCACGAUGGAUGCUAAAACAUUGCCGGCCGAGCUGUCGGGUCUGCUGA